CGAUUUGGGAUCUAUUUUCUCCUUCUUGUUGAGAAUCUUUUGUCUCUAAAAUAUCGAGCAACUCAUGCGUCGUGCAAGGAGUCGCGCGGCAAAUGAUACAAUAAAAUGAGAUGUUUUGAUUGGUCAAUUCGCGACGCGACGGAUGACGCGCGCGUGACGCGCUCAGUGGGGAUUCACUCUUAUGUAGAAAUAUAUGCUCCGGCCCUAAUUUUGAUCAUUUGAGAGCUUGGUUCAGUUUGGUUUUUGGCUUGGUCGAACUAACCAAUAACCAAAAAAAGUUAAUUAUGCAGUUCAUAAAAGGCAGACGGGGUAAGAAAUGAAAAUUUUGCAUUGCCUCAGAAGAAUUAAAUAAAAAUGUAUGAUUAAAACACUGUGUUAGACUAAUCUAUCGUCGCGAGAGAAAAGUUCUGAGGAAGCAAUUUUGUUUUUUUUUCAUAUUAUUUAAAGCAUAGAUUCUUGGAUUUUGUGCCCGCAUACGACAAGACGGUUUUUCUUUAUAAGAAAAAAAAAGAAAGAAAAGUAAAUAUUCGGAAAAAUGGAAGCUGAGCCAUUAGAGCUGGAGGAUGGCGAGAUUGUCGACGAUGAGCCCAGUGAUAUCUUUGGAACUUAUAAAAUUUUACAAAGACCUUAUGUGAAGCAGACACCUGUUACAGACAUAUAUACUAAAAUGAGAUAUAGUGAUGAAUCUGAUGAAUCUGCAGAUUCUGAAAGUGAUUCUGACUCAGAUUCUACACAGAUUAAUACUAAAAAACCUAAACUUAAGUUGAAAAAGAAUAAACAUCUCUGGAAAGAUUUGAAAACCAAAAAUGAUAAGUACAAAGUAUGGUGUACACAAAUGCAGGAAGAAUCUUUGACCGAAGACUUGACAUCAUGUGGUGUUACAAAAAAGUUGUAUCAAGAACGUAGUGUUGAAAGUUAUAAUUUUACUUUACGAUAUACAGGGAAUGGCAAGCAAUCACAUAAUAAUAAUAGUUCUGACGAAGAAAAGGAUGUUGAACAUAGAUUAACUAAUAAAAGAACAAACUCGGAUAGACGGGAUGUGAAACUUAGAUUAGAAAAGAAAAAUUUAAUGGAUUUGGACAAUCAAAAAGGUUCCAUUAGAAUAAUAGCAGAUUUAUCUACAACUGUGGAUUCAACAGAUGCUGACGUUGCCACCGACAUAACGAAUAAACUGAGUGAAAAAAAAGCACUUCUAAUAAGGCGUGUAGUGGACAUAAUUGGCAAACAAAAAGCCAUUGAUUUUUUCCAAAAAACGAAAGAGAUCGAAGAAGAUGGUGGAAUGUUAAUUAUGAAUGGAUCUCGUAGAAGAACUGCUGGUGGAGUAUACUUUUGGUUGAUAAAAAAUGAUGAACAUAUCCCUCAAGAAAAAAUAAGGGAAAUAUUUUUUUACGACCAAAAAGAGAGCAGUGAACAGAGAAAAAAAGUUGGCAAUUCAGAAAGACAAAAAACGCAAGAACUAAGGAGAAGCUUUGAAGAUGGAUCCGAAAAGGAUUUACCAGCUUUAUUAACAAGAGCGGAACUCUCGACAAGACAAAUUGCAGAGGAGGCAAGAUUGCGACGUGGUGAAGGCAUGGAUAGAAUGCCAGUAGAUUCUGAUCGUACAGUAUCAAAUCCGCCACCUAGUCCUGUAACGGAUGAUCCUGAUCAUUCCGAACAUCCACUGAUACAGAGACAUGUUCAAGAUUAUACUGAUGAUUUUCUUGAUAUCGGAGUAGAUAUAGAUAGUAUGGAAGUAUUAUAAAAGAUUACAUCUUUAAUUUGCACAUACCUCUAUAAUAACUUGUACAAAUGCUUGUAAUCAGUCGCACGAAUAAUACAUAUAUGUAUAAUUUGUAUAAGUUGUAUAUUUAUCAUGUUCAUAAAUGACAAAUAGACUGAAAUUAGUGUUUAA